UUUCGUUUUCCUCAAUUUGCAACAUGACUGUUGCCAGUGCGACAAGUUUUAUUAUUCCUUUUUGUGUUGUGUUUGCACAUUGUCAAGAUUUUUUUAUUGUCAAUAGAUAUAAACCAGAUGAGUAUUACUGCAUUACCAAUAGUUCUAGUGCUUUAUCUUGGGUGAAUGAAGAUACAACCCAGGAUAUAGAUUUGGAAGGUUCUAGAUUCAUACCUUUACCUUUAGAAAAACACUAUAAUUGGAAUGUCAGUUGCAAGUCUACAAAAGAUCAACUACCUUUGGGAUGGAAUUGUGAAACUUCGUUUUCCGAUAAAGUGAUUUUAGAUCGCCGAUGGGAAGAUUUACAAAUCUACAAAACUGAUUAUGAUCCAGGUGAUGAAAAUUUAAUUUUAACUGAUAUCCCAGUUAAAUUAAAAGAAAGCUUCGUUCUGCCCUUGUCGAUUCGGAUUGAAGGAAAAGCGCAUAUAGUCCUCUGUGAUGAUUAUAAUGCUAACAAUUCAAAUUGUUACUGGAUUUCAAUUGAAUCAAACGCGAAUAAAACACUCAUACGAAAGUGUUGGGGAAAUGGUCCAUUCUCAGUGAAAAGAGAUGUAAAAGGAAUAAAAACGUGUAAAAAUUUAGUAACUGUUGAUGUUAAAGCUGACUAUCUUACUGAGAAAGCUUGGACCCAGGUUAUACUCUCCAAAUCAAAAAAUAAACUUACUUUGGAAUAUUAUGAAAAUAAUGGAAAAUUAAAAGAAAUAAUAUCAUAUACUGACGAAGACAGUUUGUACAACAUAACAAAAUUGAACAUUAGUAGCACUUCUUUCGUCGGUCGUUGGAAAUUCCAUGAAUUAACUUACUUCAAGACCACAAAAGCUGUAAAUGAUACACAAAUUGGAAAUGUUGUCAAACCUAUAGAAGGUUCUGUGUGUAUUUCCAUGUUUGUAAAAAUGUGUGACUCUUGUAAAAUUACCUUAAAAUUAAAGAACCAAAAAAAGAAACAAAUAAAUGAAGAAACCUACAACUAUGGAAGUGAUUGGCGCGAAAUCAGAUUUAACACAGAUAAAAUUGAAGAUGAAAAUGUAACAGUUUUUGUUUCAACAUUUUCGGAACAAAAUCAACACUUUUGGGCAUUUGAUAAUAUAAAACAAUGUCACAGAGAUGGUUUUCGAAUGAUUUCUUUAGAUAAAUCAGCAGAAUGUCAACUUUUGACCCAAAUUAACACAAUUUCAGUAACAAAAAACCCUUUUGGAAAUGCUUCAAAUAACUGCGAAGUGGAUACAGUCAGCAAAUAUUGUAUUCCAUGCUCAUGGUUUCUCAACGACGAAUGUGGACAAUUAAAAAUAUGCGAGAAACACAGUUGUUUCUGUUCAGCUGGAUAUAAUAUGUCACAAGACUCAAUUGGCGGAAAAUGUGAUACUAACUGCAAUUUUGGGAAUUAUGGUCAUCAAUGUAGAGAUAAAUGUUCUUGUCCUUCUAAGUUUUGCUCCCAUGUUGAUGGAACAUGUGGUUCGUGUCCUCCUAAAUUUAGAGGAAGAAAUUGCACUAUAAGAUUAGUACGUCGUCCUUCAAUAAAUAGUGUUUCUCAUAAAGAAGUUGUUGUGUAUAUAAGCAACUAUGAAUUAAUUAGAGAAGAAAAGACAGAUUACACCUACGUUCUUCAAUAUAGGGAAGCAAACAACACACUGUGGGAUACUGAAUUAGAAAGCAAAGAAUUUUUUCAAGAACGGCUAAUUAGAAUUACAGGAUUGAAACAAGAAACUGAAUAUUAUGUCAGAUAUUUUGCCGUCAAAGACAAAAACACAAAUUUUGACGAAACAAUACCAAAAACAGAAUUUUCGACUUCCUGUGAAGCAAUACAAAAAGAAGACCUCGAAAUGGCCAUUUUCAACACAUCUGUAACUAUAUCCAAAAAGAAAACUGAUACGGCUUGCAAAUUCAGAAAAUCUUUGAUCAAAUCAAACAUUUCGAAUGAUUAUAUUACAGUGUCUGAUAAUAUAGUGACUUUAGAUAGCUUAAAUCCUGAUACAAAUUUCAGUCUGGAAAUUCAUCCAAAACUACAAUUAUCCUUCAGGACUAAAGCAGGAAUUCCAGAUAAAGUUCAAAAACUCAGAGUAAUUAAUAAAUCAGACACAAGUGUAAGUUUAAUGUGGGAACGACCUCUUCAAAUCUAUGGCCGCUUCAAACAUUAUGUGGUCAAAUACCAAAUUGUGAAAUAUUUAAGUUGUAAAGAAGGCAAUGUGUUCCAAAAAUCAAAAUCUAAAACAGCACUUGAGACUUCAGUAAUUUUGGAAGAUUUAGUUCCAAAUACAAAUUAUUCUUUUACAGUUUAUGCUCUCAACACACAACAUGAAGGUCAUCAAGAGACUGUGUUUCAGUCAACAUACGAAUCUCCUUCAUUCAACCAACAAGAUUGCCCAAAAUUAAAACAUAUCGAACCAAAUACUCGCUCCAUUCAAAUAACUUUUUCUUCUAUUAAUUGUGACAAAAUUAAAAGUCCAAUUUCUAUCAAAAUUUCAGCAAUUUGUGAAGAGAAUUGGUGUACGACUAAAAACGUGUCAGAUAAUUUUGAUUAUAACACACGAAAAACUUCUUUUAAACUAACAGACUCAAUUAUUCCUUUUUCAAAAUAUCAUCUAACAGUGAAAUGUUGCCGAAACAAAAAAUGUUUUACCAUUGCAAAAGACAAAAGAUUUAAAACCCCAACAGAAACCCCAAGUGGAGUUAAAGACUUUAUAGUUUUUUCGAAGAAUGGAAGCUCUGUUUCAAUCAGAUGGAGGGAACCAAGUCCACCAACUGGGGAUUUGGACCACUACAAAAUUUCGUAUUUUAUUAGUAACGAAGCAGAUGCAAUAUCAAAAAAUAUUACAAAAUCCCCCUGUAAAUUAUGGACCGGUUUCCAGUGUUACACUUUAAGUAAUUUACACGCCGAUAAAAACUAUUUCAUACAAAUCCGUGCCAUAAAUUUCGAACCAAAACAAUAUGGCCAACUUAUGGAAAGAAACGCAACGACUAAAACGGAAGCUUCCAAACCACCACUUGGUCUUUCUAUUGACUGGACUUUAGAAAACGAUCUUCAAUUAAAGUGGUGUCAUCCGGACGAGUCCAAUGGAUAUAUUACUCAUUUCAAUAUUUCCAUAUCUUCUAAUAAUAAAAAAAAAAUUGUUGAAACAUUUAAAGUAUCCAACCACAAGCUCACUUAUACCCAUAUUAUUAACCAAACAGAAUUCCUACCUUCAACACAUUAUAAAAUCAAAAUUCAAGCUUUCAAUGGUGUAAACGGUUCUCCUGCAAACAUUGAAGAUACCAGCCCUCCGGCUAUUCCAUUUCUUGAAAAGGAACCAAAACUUUCAAUUACAAAUACUACAAUCAAUAUAGAAAUACCCAAAGUUAGAAAUAACGUCAAGGAUUUUAAAUUAUUUUUAUUGGUACAAACAGAUGACACCAGCGAAACUAUCUCACAUCCAAAAGAAUUACAACAGUUUCAAACAAAAUUUUACAGACAGCUAAAAAAAUUUAAAAUUUUGUAUAAUUGUAGCAACAUCGUAAACCCCCUAAACUUGGAUUUUCCUCUAAAAAGUGAAAACAGCUACAAUAUAUCUCUUUUACUGAUAAAUACAAACAACAGUAAAAGUAGUUACAAAUUGUAUCCACUUUAUAAUCACAACCCUUUAGGAACGCCAGCAGUAAGCACAGAUUUGGGUCUACUAUCACUCUUAUUUUUAUUGCUAUUAAUACCACUGGCGAUAGCAAUUUUCAUCAAAAGAGAUAUUUUAAAACAAAAACUAAUCUCCUUUAUGCAACGAAACAACACAACCAAUUCACAUAUUCUCGAAGAUCAAAUGCCACUAAAAAGAUUAUCUAAAAACCCAAAAAAUUACACAAAAAGAAUCAAACUUGACGAAUUGGAAAACUACAUUAAAGAAUCUUUGAAAAAUGGCGAAUUUGAGCGUCAACAUGAGUUAUUCCCUCGCGGACAAACCAAACCAUGGGAUUGUGGAGCUUCACCCCAGAACAAAACCAAAAACCGAUACACGAAUUUACUAGCAUAUGACCACACAAGAGUAGUACUUAAGAAAACCGCAAAUAACCAAUCCGAUUACAUCAACGCCAACUACAUUGACGGUUACAACAUACCGAAAGCUUAUAUCGCCACCCAAGGACCGAAAAAAUCCACAAUUCCCGAUUUUUGGCAAAUGGUAUGGCAAGAAAACGUCCACCACAUUGUCAUGUUGGCCAAUGUCUAUGAAAACGAAAAGAAAAAAGUUGAGAAAUAUUGGCCCGACCAGGGUGAACCCCUACAUUGUGGUACCACCACCAUUGAAAGUCUCUCAAAUCGUGUCUACGCCGACUACGAGCAUCGAAAAUUUAAACUGACCAAUGGGAAAACGACCAGAGAAGUCCAACAGUACCAUUUCCAGUCAUGGCCCGACCAUGGGGUUCCUCUCUACCCCCAAACCCUUAUCCCGUUUCUGGAAAACCUCCAAAACAUCCCACUUAGUACCAAAUCACCGAUUGUUGUCCAUUGCAGUGCUGGGGUUGGCAGAACUGGUACUAUUAUUUUAUGUGAUAUUUGUUUAAGAAUGGCUAUUGGUGAAAAUCAUGUCGAUAUAUUGGCAACACUUCAAAAACUUCGAGACCAAAGACCUAACAUGGUCGACAACAUUGAACAAUACAAACUGGCCCAUUUGGUGAUUUUGGACUAUUUGAUUGGUAUCAGGACCGGAAUACCAUGCAACGAAAUUAACAAAGUGGAAGAAUUGUUGAAAAGUGGAGGAGUGAAGAAACAAAUGCGUUAUUUGAAAAACACAGCCUGGCAAGAUGAGUUAGCAAAAUCCUCAAUGUUGGAAAAUUGCACCUCUUUCCUAGUUAAAGAAAAAAAUCGAUUCCAGAAUAUUAUUCCCGAUAGUCGAAGUUACAUCUUUUUACCCCGUUAUCCCACCGAUGAUGAAUCUUCGAUUUACAUAAACGCGGUUACUGUCGAUGGUUUCAAACACCCUAACCGUUUUAUUGUAACACAACAACCGUUACCAAACACAGUUGGUGAUUUUUGGCGUCUAGUCCACGAUAAAGACAUUUCGGUGAUAAUUUCCUUGAAUGAAAUCGACCUAAAUUACACAACUUGCCACUUUUGGCCCACUGAACAAAACAAACAACUCAAACCUGUCGAUUUUCUAACACUCAAACACGCCAAAACCCUCAUUUGCGACACCUAUGACAUCACAACGGUUCACAUGCACGCCAAAAACAAUACAGACCACAAAGUGAUUGAAAUUGUUUCAUUUAAAAACUGGCCCGCUAUAAACAGCUGUCCGGACAAAAUCGAAAGUUUUUUGGCUUUUUGGGAAGAAUCUUAUGCUAUUUCUAGACAGUCUGAUCAAGUCAUCGUCACGUGCUUUGAUGGGGCUCUUGCGUCGGGUUUGUACGUCUCCAUGUCGUUUAUUUUGGAAAAAAUUAAAUUAGAGCAAGUUUGUGACGUUUGCCAAGCUGUGAGAAUUGUGAGACAUAAUAGGAAACAAUUCGUCGAAAAAGAGGAACAAUUUGUUUUCUUGUAUAAAGCCGCAAUGGCUUAUGUUGGCGAAUUUGAGCUUUAUUCUAAUUUUAAUUAAAUGCAGCUUAAUUAUUGAAAUGUAGCUAAAUAAAGUAAUUGAAUAAAGUUUUUUUUUACUUUG